AUGAAAACUACUCUUCUGCAAAAUAUUUUGCAAAUAAAAGGGAGUUCUAAUGGAUUAAAAAUACAUACUCCAACUUAGAUUUUAUUAUAAUUAAACUAGCCUCCUAAAGGAUUUUAUAAUCCAGAAUUUUAUAGUAAAAAUAAAAAGGAAAUUUUUCUUUAUGAAUCAAUUGAAGAAAAAAUGAAAUAUCAGUACCUUAAUCCAGAAUCAAAUUUUGAUAUAGAUAAUUCAAAUGAUUUGUUUUAUCUUAUAUGAGAAACAUGAAAAUUAAUAGAGAUAUACAUUUGAUUUGGGCAGAAGCUUUUUGGUUCAACUAAACCUAAAACUUCUAUUAUAGGAAAUUAAGCAACUGCUAGAUUAAUCAGAUAUAUUUAGGAUUUAAAUUAUGAUCCAGUAGGUUGUGAUAACAAAAGAAAUUUUGAAGAUUUUACUAAUUAUAUUUUAAAUCUUAAUGGUCUUUCAUCUUAAAACUUAGUUUAAAUGGAUAAAUAUGAAUUUCUAUCAGGAAAGAAAUUUGAUUUUAUUGAGAUUGAAGAAAUCUUUCGCAAACCAUUUAAUUUAUUAGUUUCUGCUCUAAAGGCUAUAAAUGAUGAUGGAUUAUUAAUAUAUACAAUUUUAGAAUUUAUUUCUAAUAAAGGAUUUAUCAGAAAGCAAGUAAAAUAAUAAAUCAAUUUUUUUCCAAAUGAAACUUUUUGUAAUUCAGAAAUUAUUAUAUAAGGAACCCUUGCUAAAUUUAAUAAGUUGCUCAUGAUCUUGGAAAACAUAUCGAACCUCUUUAUACAUAAGCCACUGCUAAUGAUGUUGGGCAUCUUACAUUAUGUAUGAAAAUUAAAAAUGGAAAAAAAGAAUUAAAUAAUAUCAUGCAUAUUGUUCUACUUGUGGUAGAAUUUCAAAUGGUUGUGAAUAAUCUAAAAUUUGUUCUUUUAGAGGUUUGGGUCCAUUGUAUUUUUAAAAUUUAGAUUAAAACAAAGAAAAAGAAAUGUUUAUCAAUUAAAAAAUAUACUAAUUGGGAAUUUUUAGAAAAAAUUUUUCAAUAAAUUUAUAAUAUUCCAUCUGAUGCUUAUCCAUUCUAUAUUAAUAAAUAUAUGAAUCAUGAGAAAUCCUUUUCAUUUUAUGAACUACUUGGAAAUGAAGAAAAAUAUUUUGUAUGUAAAUCUCCUUAUCAUAAUAUGCCAACUAUUUAUACUAAUAUGCCUUGGAAUAUUCUAAUGGGCAAAGUUCAUGAAUUUGUAAUAUUUUUUGUUUAUUACUAGCUUUUUUAAAAGAAAUUUAUAGCCUUCUCAUACAUUGCUUCUCUUCCUUAAAAACCUUUACUACUUUAAAAUCUUGAAUAAGCAUAAAGAAUACAUUAUGAUGACGAAAUCAAUUUAUAAGCACUUCCAAGAUAGUUGAAAAUAAAAAGAUAAGAGGCUUAUGGAUGGGGAGUUUGA